AUGGAGCUUGACAGUGUGUUGGGUAGUUUCGCCACGUACGCCAGGUUGAAAGGACGAUAUGAUGAUGAUUGGAUUGAUCGUUUGAAUCAUCUGUACACCACCAUCAUCUUAAUCAUAUUUACCAUUGUGGUCAGUACAAAACAAUAUGUGGGCGAACCCAUACACUGCUGGUGUCCAGCCCAGUUCGAAGACAGCCACGUGGAUUACACCAAUAAUGUUUGCUGGAUCUCCAAUACAUAUUUCGUGUCAAUGGAGCACGUUAUACCCCAACAUGAUGCGCCGAAAAAAGAAAAAGAAAUAGGUUAUUAUCAAUGGGUGCCAAUGAUUCUAUUGUUUCAAGCAUUGUUAUUUAAAGUCCCGUGUAUUCUAUGGAGAAUUUUAACCGCUUCUGCUGGUGUAAAUCUGGAUAAAAUCGUUACAUUAGCAGCAGAAACGGCGUACAUAUCAGCCGAAGAUCGGGAAAGAACGAUCAAGCACAUCGUUCGUUACAUGGAUCGUUGGUUAGAAAAUGCACGGGAAUAUCGCUCUGGCUGUUUUAUACGCUUACGGCAACAAAUUUCAAAAUACUGUUGUAUAGUAUGGGGGAAACGAUACGGUAAUUAUUUAGUGACCAUGUAUAUGUUCAUUAAACUCCUUUAUCUUACAAAUGCUGUAGGCCAAUUAUUUAUAUUAAAUGAAUUCUUGGGGACGAACUAUAAUGUGUAUGGUUUUGAAGUAAUGGAUCAUUUAGCUCGCGGAAUAGACUGGAUUGAUUCGCCGCGAUUUCCACGUGUGACUCUGUGUGAUUUCCGCAUACGACAGAUGCAAAAUGUCCACGACUACACAGUUCAAUGUGUGUUACCUAUAAACCUUUUUAAUGAAAAGAUAUUUAUGUUCAUUUGGUUUUGGUUGGUUUUUGUCUCAACCUUAAGUGCCGGCAACUUUUUGAUUUGGACUUACACGAUGAUUUUCCGUCAGCACAGAUUGCGAUAUCUUAAAAAAUUCCUUCGUGUUAACGACUGUUAUAAGUCCGAAUUGGACAAAAAGAUGGCCAUAAAGUUUGGUGAACAAUACUUAAGGCAGGACGGUAUUUUUGUGUUGCGACUUGUUGGAAAAAAUGCUAAUGAUGUGAUGGUGUCCGAACUCGUCCUUCAGUUGUGGAACUUCUAUAGGAACAAACCAUUGUUUCGUCAUGCCAACCAGAUAAGUGACGACAAUAGCAAUGUCUGA